AUGGCGAUUUACUCACCUCAACUCUGCAUGCCGCUUGUGCAGUAUUUGAUCCAACAGAUGGAAAUUGCUGGCUUUACUGUGGAGCUCGAUACGUUUUGGGCCAACACCCCACUCGGCCGCAAGGAGUUUCACAACAUAAGUCUGUGCAUGCCGCCGCCCCGUCUGUAUGGCCACGCCAAGGCGCAUGCCGAUAACAACAUGCUCAAGACAAUCGAACUGUUUAUCCUGCUGGAUUUGAUUGGUGGGCCUCAGCCCAACUUUAUCAGCCUCCAAAAACCCACGGACAAACACUUUGGGCGCAUGGCUGACCUCGAGCGUCGCCUCGACCGCCUUGGUUUGUUGGAGCAGCACUCGGCAAUGUAUCUCAACGAUGGCUAUCGCGGCCGCCGUCCUCUGAUUGAAGAUGAUCACAUCCCCUUUGUCAAGCGGCAUGUCCCUGUGCUGCAUUUAAUACCGACGCCCUUUCCCAGGACUUGGCAUACCAUCGAAGAUAAUCUCGAGAGUCUAGACUGGCCCAGUAUUGCCAAUCUGCACAAAAUUACAACAGCAUUUGUUGCUCAGUAUCUGCUGCUGCAUGACUUUUAG